CCGCCAUAUUUUGUGUUGUGAUGCUUAAAAAUUAAAAACCCAAUCUUAUUCACAAUCCACACAUUGUGGUCUUUUUUACAUUUAAGGGAUUGUUAGUUUUGUGAAUCUAGAUUUUGACAAAUAAAGUCGUUUAAAAUGCGUGGGAGAUCCAACCGGCGUUCUAGAAGCAGGGAUCGAAGGCGGUCGAGAAGCCGAGAUCGCGGAAGCUAUGGCAGAGGGGGCGGGGGACGCCGAAACGCAGCUGGGGCAAAUUUACGAAAACCCAGGUGGGACAUGAGCAGAUUGGAGCCAUUCAAAAAAGAUUUCUACGUUCCCCACCCUGGGGUAAUAAACCGUCCACUAUAUGAAAUCGAUGAAUGGCGAAAAAGCAAAGAAAUUACCCUGAAAGGAAAGUCAAUUCCAGAGCCAGUUUUGAACUUCGAGGAGGCUGGUUAUCCUGAUUAUGUAAUGUCAGAGGUUAGGAAGAUGGGGUUCAAAAAUCCGACGCCCAUACAAAGUCAGGGUUGGCCUAUAGCUUUGUCCGGAAGAGAUAUGGUGGGGAUUGCUUCUACUGGAUCGGGAAAGACUUUGUCUUACAUUUUACCGGCGAUAGUGCAUAUAAAUAACCAGUCCAGAUUGCAGAGAGGGGAUGGCCCUAUUGCUUUGGUUUUGGCCCCUACCAGAGAGCUAGCACAACAAAUACAACAGGUAGUCGCAGAUUUCGGCCACAGCUCCAGACUCAGGAACACUUGUGUUUUCGGCGGAGCCCCAAAGGGCCCCCAAGCAAACGACCUCAGCGACGGCGUGGAAAUCAUAAUAGCCACCCCGGGGCGCUUGAUAGAUUUCCUGGAAAGCGGCAGAACAAACUUGCGACGUUGCACUUACCUAGUGUUAGAUGAGGCUGACAGGAUGUUAGACAUGGGUUUCGAGCCGCAAAUCCGCAAAGUUAUCGAACAAAUUCGUCCGGAUCGACAAACUUUGAUGUGGUCGGCAACGUGGCCCAAAGAGGUGCAAGCGUUGGCGCAAGAGUUUUUAAAAGAUUACGUUCAGAUCAACGUAGGAUCUCUGUCGCUCUCGGCGAAUCACAAUAUUUUACAGAUUAUCGACGUUUGCCAAGAAUACGAGAAGGAAACCAAGUUGAGCACCUUGUUAAAAGAGAUUAUGUCUGAGAAAGAAAAUAAGACAAUUAUAUUCAUUGAGACUAAGAAGAGGGUGGAUGAUAUUACGAGGAAAAUGAAAAGGGAUGGAUGGCCAGCUGUUUGCAUCCAUGGUGACAAAUCACAACAGGAUAGAGAUUGGGUUUUACAAGAUUUUAGAUCAGGCAAGGCUCCAAUUUUGGUGGCAACUGACGUUGCCGCAAGAGGUUUAGACGUGGAAGACGUAAAGUUCGUAAUCAAUUUCGAUUACCCGUCGAAUUCGGAGGACUACGUGCACCGGAUCGGUCGCACCGGGCGCUCGCAGCGCACCGGCACCGCGUACACCUUCUUCACGCCGAGCAACCACAACAAAGCCGCCGAUCUGGUGGCCGUACUCAAGGAGGCCAAGCAAGUUAUCAAUCCCAAGUUGCAGGAGAUGGCCGACAGGGGAUGGAGCUCCAACGGAAACUCCGGAAGAGGUCGAAAUCGUUGGGGAAGAAACCGCAACGGCGGCGGCCAGCAGAGCCGAAGAUCAAUUUCGCGAUCUCGUUCACGAUCGCCGCGGCGAAACAACAACGGCAGACGCGACCGCAGCCGAUCGAGGGAGCGCAGCCGCCGCAGGAGGAGCCGCAGCCGCAGCAGGAGCUUGAGCCGCGACCGGGGCCGCGAUCGCGACCGCUCGCCACCGAAGCGUUCAGGCAAGUGCACCACCACCUCGUCGACGGCAGCGCCGCCGCCUCCCGUCAACGCGAUCAUGGCGCCCGUGCAGCAGCAGCACCCGGUGCAGCAGCAGCUGCAGCUGCAACAGGCGCCGCCCCCGCUGCCGCCGCAGCCCAUGCUGCAGUACCAGAGUCUGCCUCCACCUCCACCGCCCACUGCUCCUUACGGGGGGGCCUACCAGUUGCCCAGCGGGGCGAUGUUCUUUAACGCCCCGCCCCCGCCGCCGCCCGCCCAGGGGGUCGCAGGGAUGUACUUCCCAUAUGCUCCACCACCCCCCGCUCCUCGCUAGCCCCAGAUGAUAAUGGUUAUAAAAGUUAUUCAAGGAGAUAGUUUCUUCAACAGAAAUAUUUAAUAAUCUCAUUUCAAAAACUAGGUUAUUUAUUUCUUUUUAUAAGUAAUACUUUUAAGUAUUAACCAAGUGAAAUAUUUUGGUUGUAUUAUUUCAUGUUAAUUGUAAAUAAAUAAAAUAAUUAUAGUAA